AUGACACCAAAACCAACAUAUACCGAUGAACAACUGGAGUUAUACUUGAAGCGCAUCGGGUACUCCAACUCUGCUCAACCCGAUGGCAAUCUUCUUCAGCGUCUCCGCCAGGAUAUCGAGAAUGAUGCGCUUUCUGCACUGUGUAAUUUGCAAAGGCGGCAUCUCGCUGCCAUUCCGUGGGGCAACUCAGGGCUGCACUACUCGCAACAUCAUACUAUCUCGCUGAACCCGGAGAGUCUCUUUGAGAAAAUGGUGGAGCGGCGGCUAGAUGGGUACUGCAUGGAGAACACUGGUGUCUUCUUUAUUGUCUUGCGGUCUCUGGGGUAUCCUGUUUAUGCCACUGGAGGUAGACAUUCCCAGCUUUCUGGCCGAGCUGACACCAUUGAUCCGGCGAAGUGGACAUAUGAUUUUGAUCGUGAUUAUCAGAGGUCAGAAGUUGAUGUCGGCUUUGGAAACAAUUGUGCUACUGCUCCACUAUUACUUCAAGAAGGUGCUACUGCCACGGCUAUCGCGCCAUCUGAGAUGCGAAUUGUCAGAGAAAGCAUUCCCGAGUUCACGGACCAAAGCCAAAAGAUCUGGAUCUAUCAAACAAGAUACAAUUCCGAGAGUGAGUGGUUGCCAAUGAUCUGCUUUUCCGACGUCGAGUUCCUACCGCAGGAUUUUGGUGUCAUGAACUUCUCCGUCAGCCAGAGCCGAGCUAGUUGGUUCACUCAGGUUUUUGUCUGCAUGCGAAUGAUUUUGGACGAAAGUGGCACAGACAUCAUUGGCCAGUGCAUUAUGUCAGGCAAAGAAGUCAAGAAGAGAUUGCGCGGGCAGACGGAGAUAUUGCAGGUGCUGGAGACUGAAGAGGACCGCGUUAAAGCCCUGGCAAAGCAUUUCGAUAUGCACCUUCGUGUGGAUGAGAUCCAAGGGAUUCGGGGAAUGACCUCGGAGCUCAAGUAG